UAACUAGCCCAACCGAGUUUGUAUUCCUCUGAUUUUUUUUCAGGAAUAUGAUUUGAGGGAUAUAACAUCAAACCGUCCGUUUUGUCCAGCUAAGAGCUGAAGAUUAUUUUUUUCGUCGUCUCGUCCGAAAACUCGGGCCCGCCUACCUACCAUACGCACCUUACCUAUUCCAAGGGAUUGAAUAUUAGACGAUCAUGAUACUAUUAAAAAAGGUGGCAGCAGCAUGCUUGCUUCUGCAGCAGCUGCCUGGGGCUGUUUCAAUAAGCGUCAACUUUAACGAUGCAAACUCAGUCAAGUCUGGAGCCAGCACAGUUGCCUUUGGUAUGAUGAAGUACUACACUGGAAACAACACUGGAGACACACCGGGAAACUUGCCAGAUCCCUAUUACUGGUGGGAGGCUGGUGCCAUGUUUGGCACAAUGGUCGAUUAUUGGUUGCUCACAGGAGACACUAGCUACAACGCGGCGACGACACAGGCGCUACUACACCAAGUAGGAGACGGCAAGGACUACAUGCCUACGAACCAGACGAGGACUUUGGGAAACGAUGACCAGGGGUUCUGGGCGAUGGCUGCGAUGUCGGCAGCCGAGAGCAGGUAUGCCGAUCCACCGGCGGGACAACCACAGUGGCUCGCCCUCGCGCAGGCCGUUUUCAACGAAUACACUACACGUUGGGACACCAAGACCUGCGGUGGGGGUCUUCGCUGGCAGAUAUUUCAGUUCAACAACGGUUACAACUACAAAAACUCCAUCUCCAACGGAGCCUUCUUCAACCUGGCGGCCCGACUCGCCCGCUUUACCGGCAACCAGACGUAUUCGGAUUGGGCGACCAAGGUCUGGGAUUGGGAGCGGAGCGUGGGUCUCAUGACGGACAAGUACGAAAUCUACGACGGCGCCGUCGCCGACGGUGGCAAUGACUGCAAAAAUCCCGACAUGGUGCAGUGGACCUACAACGCGGGCAUCUAUAUGCACGGGGCGGCUUUCAUGUACAACUUGACCGAGUCGGCAACCUGGAAGGAGAGGGUGAGCGGGCUGCUGAACAGAACCAUGAUCAGCUUCGUCAACAACUCGGUCCUGGUCGAGCCUGGUUGCGAAUUUGUGGGGACGUGCAACAACGAUCAACAAAGUUUCAAGGGGUACCUGACGAGGUGGAUGGGCGGCACGGCGCAGCUGGCGCCCUUCACCUUCAACACGAUCCAGCCGAUCCUGCGGUCCAACGCCGAGGCCGCGGCGGCGUCAUGCUCGGGCAGCCCGGCGUCGGGCUUCAAGGGCACGCCAGGAACGGCCUGCGGAUUCCGGUACAAGGCGGGUAGCGACUUUGACGGCAUGGUGGGCGUGGGCGAGCAGAUGAACGCACUCAACGCGCUCAUGUACACGCUCAUCAAGAACAACACCAAGGAGGUGGUGCCCGUCACGGCGGACACGGGUGGAACUUCAAAGGGAGAUCCUAACGCCGGUACCACCAAGUCCCCGGAGGUUACAACCUUCCAGCCCAUCACGACGGCCGGUCGCGUGGCCGCUGGCUUCUUGACAACAGGCACUAUUCUCAGUAUGAUCGGAGCGUGCAUUUUUGUGGUAACAUGA